ACAGGGUAACAAUUACAUGAUAAAAAUCUUAGCUGAAGUGCAGUACUGCAGAUAACAUGAGAUCAGACAUGAACAAAAACCACUGACAUGAUGAAAUGUAACCAAAUAAAAUUAAGUAAACUAUUACAAAAUUAAACCAUUAUAACAAGAGCAGUCUUGUCAGAUCGCUUGAUGGUAACCCUCUUCUCUGUGCUUUCACCGCCAUCCACUGUGGCCUGCUUGGCCCGGAACUACGAUGCAGUAUUUGAGUUGUGUGGCAUGAACAAAGGACACCAAACACCAGCACUCUCUCUGUUUUUGUGAACUUUAUAACAGGAAGGCCAGUGUGCUUUAUGAUUUUGUAAUGCAGGAGGCUGUGGUCUGGUAUCUCAGACAGACUAUACAGGUGAAAAUAUUUACCCUUGUUUUUAUACAAAUAUAUAUUAUAUACUUUUACAAAUACUAUAUAUAAUACUGUAUAUAAUUAUUAAAGCACAGCUUAGUUGUUUGAUACCACCAUUUUGCUAGUACACAUUGACUCAGGUGGGUACCUGCAGAAGUGAGGUUCAAACAGCAGACGGUGGGUAGAUUUACAUAGGUGUCAGUGGAUUGGAGGAGCAGUGAUUCUUUUAAGAUCCUACCUGAGUGCUGGAAAGGAUUCAGCAGUUCUGAGUGAGAGGGAAUUCCACAUAAGGGCCAAAACUGAAAAUCCAACAGACUUUGAAUUUGGACUCCAUGACAAGCAACCAGCUGGGGGAUGGGGGGGGCGGUACUCUUUCUGGAGUGCAUGGAAUAAUCCGGUCUUGUAACGGUUGUGAUGUAAAUUAUUUCUGUAAAUACACAUCCACAUGUAAUGUUUAGGUAGGCAUGCAUACAGUGACAAUCAAACAUCUGAGUACACUUGCUGUACUCGGUAGUAAUUUUGUUCACAUAACAUUCAUUUAACACGUUUGAUCAAAGGGAUAGCCAGUGUGUCAUCCCAGGUCUUCUGCAGCAAUUCUCAGAGAUGUAGGGCGCUUGCUUUACUUUCACUUUUCUGUCUAGUUUUCCUAGGUGUGCUCAAACUUUUGACGGGUACUGAAUUUCUCUUUGGACUUUUUAUCAGGCUUUAGUCUGCAACCGAAACGUGCUUCCGAACCAGUACGUCCUGCGGUGUCACGUGCUACGUCUUCUCCACGCAGGCCCACGGACAUUUCCACAACGCGCAGCACACGGACACGCGUGCGCUCACGCACAUGCAUACGGUGGAGCAUGCACCAGGUCAACAAAGACCACUUACCUCUCGUGUUCCCCUGGUGCCGUUACAGCAAGCAGCCUUGCUCCCUGACAACCACUUUGAUGAAGAAAUAAACAGUGUACCGCAUGAAAGCGGGUGAUCAAAUGAGCGUGGCCGAGAGAGAGAUCUCCGACUCAAAGGGCGGGGAGGCGAACAGGACAGAGAUUCCGCAGUACAAAGGACCCGGCUCUAGGACCAUUAGUGAGGCCAGCGUGUGCCACGUGAAACCCCCCCCAGGCAGCAUGCACAGCAGCGUCCUCUACCUUGGGUCUGUGUCAUUGGAGCUCUUGAGUGAGCUUCAUGCGUAAGUGGUGUAAGCUGCGCAGCGGGAUUUAGCAGUCUGCACCCCGUCCGCACUCCUGCUCCGCUCACCUCGCGCCACCCCGCCAGUCAAAUGCACCCCGACAAUAAACUGACCAGUCAUGGCAAGCAAGUGAACAGUGGUGCCCAGACCUUGAUCCCAAAUGUAAAUCAGCAGCAGCAGCAGCAGCAGCAGGGACCUGCUGGCAGCCUGGGGUCAAAGGGCGUGGGUGCGGGGAACCAUGGAGCCAAAGCCAAUCAGAUUUCCCCGGGGAAUUCAGGGCUGAAGAGCGCUGGCCAGCUGAGUGGCGGUUCCGGAGAGCUGCCGAAGAGUAAGGCCAAGCGGGAGAGAAGCAUGUCCAUGGACCCGGGGGACCAAAGAGACAGCCUCACUCCUGUCCUUGACCCUGAUGCCAAAGCAGAGGGCGUGAUGCGCAGCAAACGCCGGUGCGUUCUGGUGAAGAAGCAGCCGUACAGCGGGGACGAGUGGUGCUCCGGGCCCGACACGGAGGAGGAGGAGGACAAGCCUCCCACCGCACCUCAUCGAGAGCUUUCUGCGGCAGGCCCUGCCCAGUCCCUCACUGGCCCCUCCCCAAUGGGUCCCAUCAGCGAAUCGGGCUGCCCUGCUCUGGGGCGGGGAAUGGGGCCAGGGAUUCCCCCGGAGCUGAGUCGGCCUGGCCAGCAGGUGGUGUACGUGUUCACCACCAGCCUAGCCAACAGCGCAGCAGAGGCAGUUCUCCAUGGCCACUCCGACUCCAUCCUUCUCUUCCACCAGCAGAACGUUCCCCGUACCAAACUGGACAAGUGUGCCCCGGCUGUCAAGCUCCCCAGCCUGUCAGAGCAGCUGAACUCUUGCAACACUCCUUCUACCAGCACGCCCAAGUCUCAGAGCGGCACACCUCGGCCGGCCUCUGUGGGAGCAGGGGCAGGGGGGAACUUGCACCCGGCGGGAACGCCAACGUCCGCGGUGAACUGCGAGGAGGAGUCCCCUCAGGCUAGGCCCGGAGCAGCAUCCGGUAACUACAGCAGCACCGCAUCCCACCAGCCAAGCGCAGGUGGCCCCAUCAACCCCAGCACAGGUGCUCCCAGGUCUGGAGAUGCAGAGGGCUCGGGCUUACUGCCCCAUGCAGGUUCCGGGGUCUCCCCUUCUCCUAGCCCAGGUGCAGCAUCCGCUCUCCUGCAGAGAGAUCAGGGCCAGAUGGGUGCCCCGGGAAGCAGCGAUCGGCUUUCCAAGGAGCAGCUCGAGCACCGGGAACGCUCACUGCAGACACUUCGGGACAUCGAGAGGCUCCUCUUGCGCAGCGGGGGCGGUGCGGGGCCAGGAGAGCCCCCAGGAACCAAUGGAAACCCUGGUAGCAUCGGCGCUAACAAUAACAUCGGCAUGAAUAGCAGCGAUGCCACCCCAGGUGGACCUAACAGUGGCCCUGGCCUGGAGAGCAAUGACAGUAGUACCAAUGCCACUAAUAGCAAUAACAGCGGUAUACCCCCGGGCGCCCUGCCUCCCCUUGGAGCGCUUAGAAAGUACGAGGAGCCCCUGCAGUCCAUCAUCUCCCAAACCCAGAAUUUGGAAGGGCCUGGCCUGGAUGACCCCCACAUUGGGCCACACCAUGGGUUGCCGGCCCUGCACAAUCCCUCGCACCCACUCCACCACCACAUGCCGUCACCCUCAGGGCUGGACAUGGGCCCGCAUCUGGGGUCUGACGGGCUGACCCCCGAGCAGAUGGCGUGGAGGAAGCUCCAGGAUGAGUACUACCAGGAGAAGCGUCGGCAGCAAGAAAUGCACCCGCAUCCUCAUCAUUACAGGAUGAUGCCAGAGAUGGCAAUGGGAGGGCCCAUGAUGCGUGGCCCCCCGCCCCCGUACCACAGCAAGCCUGGGGAGCAGCAGUGGACUUCUGGACCCAUGAUGGGUUUAGGCAUGGGUGCAGGAGGAAAUGGACGUUUGAUGGAGAUGCACCAGGAAGGCCCCAGGGGCCAGCGGUUCCUUGGACAGAUGCACCGGGCUCCACCUGGCAGUGGGGGUGGAGGUGGUUACUCCAGUAAUCCUGGAGGAAUUUUACCAAUGGAGGCAAUGGGUCACCAAAGGCAUCCCAGGCCUGGUAUGGGCUGGUUGGAGGACAUGCCCCCAAAUGCUGGAGGAGGGGCCCCGUUUCAGGGAUGCUACGCUCCCAGCGGUCCCGGUGGACCUCCUCAGCACUUGCAGGGCAACCCUGAGCGGUUUUUCACUCGAGAGGACAUGUUCCGCAUGCUCGAGAAGCGCCAGCUGCAAGGUCUCCAUAGGCUGGAGUUGGACAGGAUGGCCAAGCAGCAGCAGCAACAGCAGCAGCAGCAGCCACCACCCCAGGGUGGCCUUGGGGUUCCCAGACUCAUGGACAACAUGGGUGCCGGGGGCUUCCCCGGUCCUGGAAUGGGGGGAGGUCCUCCUUCGCGGGGUGACCCAAUAGACUUCCCAAGCUCCCGUGCAAUGUUGGGAUCUCCCCUGGGUGGAGCCGGUGUAGGUGGUGCAGGGGGUCCCCCUUUGAGGGACCUGGUGGACUCCCCUAUGGGGAACAUGAGCAUCAGCAUGAACAUGAACCCUCAGAUGCAGCAGACGCUGUUAGCCCAGAAGCUGCGAGCCGGGUCUGGCGGUCCUGGGUCCUUGGGGGAGAUGCCAAGCUCCGAGGAGAUGUCUCGAGUGAGGGCAGCACAGAACGGGAGGGGCACAGCGAGUGGCUUGCAGACUAACAAAAAUAUGACCCCUGGAGGAGGUCCCCUACAGUUUCCAGGUGGACAGGCACCAUUUCCAGGUGGACAGGGCAGUGGAGGAUUCAUGCAACCAGAACCUGCUCCUGACAUUUUUGCACCUGACCAUCAGGGUCCCGGUCAGAUGGGUGGGACCCCACGGCUCAGCCAUAUGCCUUUGAACUCGGGUCCCAGGGGUUCUGACCUGAGCCAGCGCCAUUCCUCUGACCUGGCGAUUAGCAUCAACCCAGUGGGAUCCCCAGCCAUGCCUCUCUCUCAGCAGCUGAAGUCGCCAUCCCUCAGUCAGGAGGCUUCACCCUUGAUGCCUUCUCCUUCGGCUCCAGGCUUAAAAUCCCCCACGCAGAUGCCCUCCACUGGUCCCCAGCCUCCGCCGCCACCGGCUACUACCGGAUCUGGAACCCCGUCCUCUUCUAUGAAGUCUCCUCAGGUGAUGGGGCCCUCUUCCCUUGGCCUGCGCUCUCCCUCUGGGUCUCCAGGUCGUCUCAAGUCUCCCGCCAUGCCUGUUGCCUCUCCUGUGUGGGCCGCCUCUCCCAAGACGGCCAUGCCCAGCCCUGGGGGCCCUCCCAGCGGUAAGGGAACUGGAAAUGGAGGAAGUAGCUCUACGGAAACAGGACCUUCACUUCCUCCCAGAAGUACAAACUCAACGCCUGUCAGCCAGCCCGGUUCCAUAAAUCCUAGCAUGCCGUUCACCUCUUCUCCGGAUGCACAGCCAUCCCAGAACCCCCUGUCUCUGAUUAUGUCCCAGAUGUCAAAGUAUGCCAUGCCCAGCUCCACUCCACUUUACCACGAUGCAAUUAAGACCAUCGCCACCUCUGAUGAUGAGAUGCUUCCAGAUCGUCCUCUACUGCCCAGCGUUAACAUGACAGGAAACAUGGGUAAUCAUCAGACCUCCCAGAUGCUUCUUACAUCCCAGAGCUCUGUUGGACCACACAGCGGCCCGCAAAGCCCCAUGGGAAUGGUCCUGCAGGGACAGCCUCCUCUCUCCCACGAUACCUCUGGACCCAUGCUGCACUCUCCCAGUCCCAUGGGCAUGCCCAACAUGAACCCGGCAAUGAUGGGAGGGCCUCCAGAUGGAAUGGAACCCUGCAAUGUCUCGCCAAUGCUUCCUCAAAACCUGAUGGGUGGCUUCUCUCGCAUGCAGCCGCCACCCCACGGGGGGAUGCACUCCCCCAGCUCGGGAAUGGCCCAGCCGUACCCACAGCCACCAGAUGACAUGCUUCCUCAUCACCAGCUUCACCUCCUUAGCAAGGGCCUGCCCCACCAGCGGGCCUCCCAUCCUCCAGACUCCUUCCAUCCCAUGUCUGCCGGGGACAGUCCAGACCUAAGCGACGUGAUCCGGCCCACGCCCACAGGCAUCCCCGAGUUUGACCUGUCACGCAUCAUCCCGGCCGACAAACCCAGCAGCACGCUGCAGUACUUCCCCAAGAGCGAGACGCUGCCACACCCGCAGCAGAACCCGCUCCAGGGUGGCGGAUCCCAGCAACCGCCCCCGCCGCAGCACCUGAAGCAACACCCGCCGUCUGGCCCGCCCUCGUCCAACCCGCACAUCGCUAGCCUACAGAACAUGAUGGCUGAGCAGCAGCUGGCCCCGCCUCACUCUGCGCACUCCAGUAUGCGUGCCGGCCUGGGUUUGCCCCCAGGGGGAGCUCGGGGCUUGCCGCCCGGAGGAGCUAUGGGGCCUAUAUGCCACCCAGGACAUGGCAUGGGCAGGACAGCCAUGAUGCAUCAGCAGCAGCAGCAGGCCAUGAUGGGCAAUAACGUCCUGCACCACCCCUCUCACCCCCACCCCACCAUGAUGUCCCCACAGCAGCAUCAGCAGAACAUGAUGGCUCAGCAGAACAUGAUGAUGAUGCAGGCCAAGCAGCGCAGCAUGUCCGUCCCGGGGGACCCCUACGGCCAGCAGGGACUCCUCAUGUCUCCACAGGGCCCCAUGAUGGGCCCCCCCCAUCCACAGUCGGGCAUGAUGGGCCCUCAAGCCCUCAGGCAGCGGGGAAUGUCUCUGGACAGUCCCCUUGGUUAUGGUCAUGGAGCCAUGGCCAACAUGCCCUUUUGAAUCUGCUUCCUGAGACUGUAAACUCCCCCCCCCGGGCUAUUUUGUUGUUGUGUAUUAAUGUUAUUAUGACAAUUCAUAUCAUUACUCUUGCUGUCAUUACUGUUAUUUUAAUUUGAAUAAAAACUGAAAGUGGUUGAAGGAUUAGAGUAAUCUAAAAAACAUUUAUAAUACUAAAGAUCACCUUUAACAUGGUACAGCAAACAAUAAAAUAUAUCAUUGUGAAGCCAUUUUUUUAUACUUGUAAGAUAUGUACAUUUCACAGAUCACUAACCUGGUGGGGAAGAUUGUGAGGAGAGGGUUGGAGAGAGAUUUAAUUUUUAUUGAUUUUCAUUUCAUUUGGAUUUUUCUCUGGCUACCAAACUGUUGUGAAUGGGAAUAUAUAUAUAGGUGCUGUAAAUAAGAUGCAAUUUGUGAUUGUUUGCAACUGUUCUGUAUAACUGUGUUUUAAUAGAAGCCUAAAAAGUCUGGAAAA